UUCUAAUCGUACCGUUUUCGACUUUAACAUGGCAGCGUCAAGCAGUACUGGCCGUGUACCCCAGGGAGAAGUGAUCAUUGACUUUGCAGACGGAGGUUCAUUCAUCAAGAACAAACUUGACGAUGCUGUCUUGACGCUCGAACGAAGACGCUUAGAAAGGGAAGAACAGGGGAAAGCUCAAAAAGCAAUGGAAGCUUUGAAAGUUGGAUCAGGGGAGGGAACAGUGGGAUCGACCGCAGGAGAACCAAAAUCUUCAGAUGUGGAUUUUGUGGUCGCUCAAGUUGGAUGUUCCCGAGCAGAAGCGGAGACGGCCCUGCGCGAAGAGAAAGAUAUGGUCAAGGCUUUGAUCAGGCUAGUCAAGCCUCGUCAACGGGCUCGAUCAGUCGAUGGAGGAGCAGAGCCGUCAAAGGCCUCAUGAUCAUCAUCAUUCAAGGCGGAUACUUCUCACUUUUGAAUCACAUCAAAACACAUUGCA